AUGUUCAUCACUCGUCUGGUUGUUUCUUUGUUUGCCUUUUUGGUUUGUGCCCAUGCCGUUGCCGACCCUGUCGUCACACACAAGGUUUAUUUUGACAUUGCUCAUGGUGAUAAGAACGUCGGCAGGAUUGUCAUAGGAUUGUUCGGCGAAGUAGCCCCCAAGACUGUUCAAAACUUCUACGAAUUGAGCACCUCUGAAGAUUCUUCAAUGGGCUACAUCAAUUCCACAUUCCACAGAGUUAUUCCAAACUUCAUGAUCCAAGGUGGUGACUUCACUCAUCAUUCGGGUACCGGCGGGAAAUCAAUCUACGGCGAGUCUUUCGAAGACGAGUCCUUCGAGUUGAAGCAUGACAAGCCUGGCCGUUUGUCGAUGGCCAACAGAGGUCGUAAUACCAACGGAUCGCAAUUUUUCCUAACUACUGUGGCUACCCCUUGGUUGGAUGGUAAGCACGUUGUUUUCGGCGAAGUUCUAGAGGGCAUGGAUAUUGUCAAAUAUGUCGAGACCGUACCAACUGGCUCAAUGUCGAAGCCCAAACAAACCGUGAAAAUCGUUUCUUGUGGUGAGGUCGAAACUGUGCCUAUUAAGGAGCAGAUCAAAGAGAAAUUGAGCUCUGGAGAAGACCACGAUGAGUUGUAG